AACAGCCACACGCCCUCUGGUACCCUCAGGGCGGCACUUAUUCUCCUGCAAACGUGCAGGUUAGUCCCUCAAACCCAUGACCACUGCCGAACAAACCGUUGAAAUAAAUUCGAAAGAAGACAGUUAUGAUGGCAUCGAAAGGAUGGAAAGUCGUCCAGGCUCACAUACCCUUGAUUAAAUUCAGAAAGGGCGGGCCUGCCAGAGCGACGGGGGGUGCGACGACAGCGCAGUCUGCGGCGCCAGGGGCGGCUGCGAGAGGCAGUGCCACGGGUGCAACUGGGCCCAAUGUUAUCGCUCUACCGACCAUUGACGACUUCCAAUUGCCCCCGAGAUACCAGAGGAGACCCAUUGAUGAAAAAGAAAUUGCCUACAUCAAUCGCGGCGGCCCUGAGUGAUUACACAAUACGUAGAUACAUAUUACUGAUGAAUAAAGACACGAACAUGAGGAGAAAAUGAUUUAGAUUCUUAAUAACUUAUUGUGGAAAUUUGAAGUUUGUGUUUGAUGAAUGAAUAAAUUAUUUUCGUUGCACAAUA